AUGAGUGAACAACCAGAAGAUAUCAAAACCCCAGAGCCUUUUGUUAUGGAAGAGACGAGGAAGAAGAAGAAAUCAGUGGGGUUUGCUCCAGCUCCGGUAGAAGACCUCUAUGAACAUCAUCAGAAAUUGAAGGAAAUCCACGACGAGAAGGCAAAGAGUAACCCAUUUCAUAAAAUACCUCCGGAAUUGGCAUAUCUUGAUAAAUCCAAAAAGGAGGCUCCUAAACCUUUACUCACAUAUGCAGAAAUCAUGAGACGGCUGAAAGGUAAGCAACAACAGAGUAAUACUGAGUCAUUAUCAGUGGUUCCUCCAACCAAUAAUGUAUCAAAUGUAACCAAAUCAGAAGAGAAUUUCCGUUAUGUCCCUGUCAAGGAAUUAUCUACUCAGAAUAGUGAGACUGCAAUCAACUUCCAUUAUGGCGAAUUCAAGGUACCUCCUCCUAUCGAUAAGCUUGUGGUGAAUAUUAAGUUUGCUAGUCUUAAUUCGUUUGAUUUAUCCAAGAUCAAUAAGUUUGGUCUUAAUGUUAGUGAAGAGAAAAUUGGUUUAGGGUAUGAAUUUUCUGGUAUCAUACUCCAUCUUGGUGCUUCACUUAAAGGCAAGUAUAAUAAAGGUGAUUUAGUUUUUGGAAUCGUUAACCCCCUGGCUCGUAAGGGUUCACUUUCAUCCACACUAUUAAUCGACCCAAAGUCAGAUUGUGUGGUUGUUCUUAGCCAAGAUGCAUUGAACAAGUUGAACCAUAUAGAUAUCAAGAUUGAUAAUAGUGAAGCAAAUUUUGUGGUUGGUGAUGAAGAAGACGUUACUCAACAACAGUCACCCACUAUUUCAAGUACUGCUACUCCUGUUGCACGGAAACAUACAUACACAUUCCCCGUGGAAGAGAAUCUCCCAGUACUUGCAAAGGCUUCUAGUAUCCCCUUAUAUUAUUGUCGUGCAAAGCAGAUGUUGGAUCAUUUGGAUGGAAGACAUAAACUGUUGAAAGUACUAGUUAAUGGUGCAGACACUAUGACCGGAUUAACUAUUAUUCAAUUGUUGAACUCAAGUGUGUAUGAAGACUUUGACGAGAUUGACGUUAUUGGUGUUAUUAGAGAAGCUUCAUUCCCAUUUAUGGACAAGUUUUGCCGUAAAAUCGAUAAUGUUAAUCGGAAAAUUCAUUUGGUUACUUUUGAUUCUGUUAAUGAAGAUAUCGUGUUACCCGGAGAGAAGGUCCCAAUCAAUUAUAAGAAGCCAGAGUUAUUUGCUUUGCAAAUUUUAGAAAAGAUGUUUAUGUAUGAAGAGAAUAUCAACCCCAGGAACGUUAAUGGGUGCAAAUUGGACUGUAUAGUGGAUUUGGUGGGGUCAAAGAAAUAUUUCCAAAGAGUUAUAAACUAUAAUAGACUUGAUGAUAUCAAUGUUGACUGGACAAAGGAGAGACUCUCGGGUUCAUUUAAGCAACUCUUCCCACUGAAGGAAGAAUUCAUAUUGAAUAUUCUCAAGCCCAAAUCACAAGGCUCCACAUUUAUUCUGGGAUGUCGAUUUGAUAUCCAUGAACCUUGCUAUGAGGUUGACAAACGUUUAAACUAUGGUUGGGGUAAGUCGAUUUGGGGAACGCUACCUUCCUUAGCCAACGGGUUUAGUAAAUACAACUAUUUUGAAGAGAUGGAGUUAAGGAUUCGGGAGUCUUGGGUUCGGGAAGGACUUAAGGUUGUUACUGAAGGAAGCCUUCAAUUUGAGAUUGCCGACUAUCUCGAUUGGAGAAACCCGUAUAUGGAAAUGAUAGCCAAACUCCGGCAAGAUUCAUUAAAGUAUAUAUUGAAGAUUGAAGACUUUUAA